AUGGUGAAGCUUGGGCCGGACGUCCAGCAUGACCGGACCGACGCAUACUCUGGCUACCUUCCUGAAGGCAACGUCUUUGGCUUCAGCAUGAUGCACGAAUCUGGAACCGGUGGUGCCCCGAAAUAUGGAGUUGUUUCGCAAAUGCCGGUUAUUGGCGAUGUUCCCGAUCCCCUAGCAGACCUUUCUCAACAGAGGGCAGCCCCUGACAAGGGAAGCGUUGGCUACUACCAGUCAACUCUAGCAAACGGCAUCACUGUCGAGCUCAGUGCUACAGAGCAUGCUGGUCUGUAUUCUUAUACUUUUCCAAACGCCUCGGCGUCCUCCAUCGUCGUGGAUGUGUCCCACGUACUCACCAGCUUCAGAGGCUUUGGCUGGGAGCAGCACUACUCAGGAGGCUACUUUAGGAUUGCAGACGACGGUCAUUACGAGGGAUCCGGCGUCUACAACAAUGGCUGGAACCUUGCACCGGACUGGACAAUCUACUUUUGCGGAGUCUUCGACAAGCAGGCAUCUCGCUCGUGGAUCUUUGACGGCGAGACCUACCCGUUGAGUGACCCCGUGUCUGGCAGCGCACGCAUCGGCGGUGUUUUUACGUUUGAAGAGGAUUCCGUCAAGUCUCGUGUGGGCAUCUCCUUUAUUUCGACUGAAAAGGCGUGUGCCAAUCUCGAAGAAAUUGCUCCAGACACCGAAAUCGAGGCACUGGCCGAUGCUGCAAAGAGCAAAUGGAACAAUAAGAUUUUCAACAAGCUCCAAAUCUCGUCCUCGAAUACGGAUGACCUGGCACUAGUCUACAGCUCGCUGUACGGCAUGUUUCUGAUCCCGUCGAACCGCACUGGCGAGAACCCCGCGUGGAACGAUGGCGAGCCGUACUACGACGACGUCUUUACUCUCUGGGAUACACACCGAUGCCACACAGCCAUGUUCCACAUCCUCUACCCGGAAGCACAUGAGGAGUUCAUCCGCUCGCUCAUCGACAUCUGGCGCCACGACGGCUUCAUGCCGGACGCGCGCUCAUCCAACUUCAACGGGCGGGUCCAAGGCGGCUCAAACGCAGACAACGUCCUCGCCGACGCCUAUAUCAAAGGCGUCCGCGGCGCCAUCAACUGGGCCGACGGCUUCUCCGCCAUGCAAACCGACGCCGAAGUCGUGCCCCCGAAUAACCACGACCCACAGGCCCCCGACUCGUCGACAAAAGAAGGCCGAGGCGCUCUCCCCGACUGGCUGGAAUACGGAUACAUCACGCCCAACUUUACCCGUGCCGUCACGCGCGCAGUCGAAUACUCAACCAACGACUUUGCCCUCUACCAAGUGGCACGGGGGCUAGGCAAAACUUCAUCCGCAUCCACGUAUCUGUCCCGCUCACGCAACUGGCGCAACCACUGGAACCCAAACGCAAACUCGCACUCGCACGCCGGGUUCGUCGUCCCACGCCUGGCAAACGGGUCUUUUGCACCUCAAGACCCCACCAACUGCGGCGGGUGCUACUGGGGCGACGCCUACUACGAAGACAACAGCUGGAUCUACAGCAUGAACGCCAUCCACGACAUUGCAGAGCUCAAACGCCGGAUUGGCGGCGACGCUCGCUUUAUCGAUCGCCUUGACAAGAUCUUCGAGCUGGGCUUCUUCGACGCAGGAAAUGAACCCGCGUUUCAUACCCCGUAUCUGUAUAACUUUGUGCCGGGCUACCAGGCGCGGAGUGUAGACCGCAGCCGCGAAAUCAGCGCGCUGUAUAGUGCGGGUGAGAGCGGACUACCUGGGAAUUCUGAUGCGGGGGCCAUGGGAGUCGAAUUUGCUUGUGAGUCUCCGCUUUCUCCUCGUGCAUGA